CCAGUACUGGGCAUACCUGGGGGUGCAUAACCUUCAGCGGCCAGAUAGCUGUGAGCAGAGAAGGACGGCAACCAUCUCCAUCCCCCACCCAGGCUUCAACGGUAGCCUCCCCAACAAGGACCAUCGAAAUGACAUCAUGCUGGUGAAGCUGAAAGCCCCUGUGAUGCUGACUAGGGCGGUGAAGCCCUUACCCCUGCCUGAACACUGCGUCACUCCUGGCACCCGAUGCCUGAUCUCCGGCUGGGGGACCACCACUAGCCCCCAGUUGACUCUCCCCCAUACCCUUCGAUGUGCCAACAUAACCAUCAUCGAUCAUAGGGAGUGUGAAGGGGCCUAUCCUGGGAAUAUCACAGAUACCAUGGUGUGUGCCAGUGUCAAGGAGGCGGGCAAGGACUCCUGCCAGGGUGAUUCAGGAGGUCCUUUGGUGUGCAAUGGAACACUUCAGGGCAUCAUUUCCUGGGGCCAAGACCCCUGUGCUGUCAGCCGGAAGCCAGGUGUCUACACUAAGGUCUGCAAAUAUGUGGAUUGGAUCCGGGAAACCAUCAAGGGCAAUUAACCCUGACUGAAGAACAUUUCCGUCCACCUCCUUCUCGCAUGCCUCCCCUUCUUGUCUAUUUCAUUCACAAUAAAUAGCCCUGGAAAGUC